CUGACAGACAGCCGACAUUCAGAUCGGAUUCACUUAGCCCCAGGCCAGAAAACCCGAGUCGAGAUGCCGCUCCAAGUGUUUAUAGUGCCGAGGACGCUGCUCCUCAUCAUGAUCCUGGCCUUCAUCCUCUUUCACACGCUGACCGCCGCGGAGCAGAAUCCACGGGCGGAGGAGCAGCUGCCGUCGUUUUGGAUGCGCCAGGCGCAGGAUCAAUUAAGCGAACGCUUGGCCAGGACCAAGGAUGCUAUCACCGACAGCCGGCGGGCCAAGAAUGUGGUCAUGUUCCUGGGCGACGGACUGUCGCUCACCACCCUCACGGCCGCCCGCAUCCUCAAGGGUCAGCGGCGCGGCGGACGCGGCGAGGAGGCACAGCUGGCCGUGGAGCGAUUUCCCUUCGCCGGACUGAGUAAGACGUACUGCAUCGACGAGCAGACGCCGGAUUCGGCCUGCACGGCCACCGCUUACUUGGGCGGUGUGAAGACGCACAGCGGCACCGUGGGCCAGAGUGCCAGUGGCGAGCGGGUGGAGUCGGUGCUCCAGUGGGCCCAGCGGGCGGGCAAGGCCACAGGGGUGGUGACCACCACCCGGCUGACGGACGCCAGUCCCGCCGGCGCCUAUGCCCAUGUCCGCCGGCGGGGCGAGGAGCUGGAGAUCGCUCGCCAGCUGGUGGAGGAAGAGCCGGGACGGAAGCUGCACGUCAUACUGGGUGGUGGCUUGGGCAAGUUCGCCGACGAGCGCAGGGAUGGCAAGGAUCUGCUGGCCCAAUGGCACGAGAACAAUCCGAAUGGCUGCUUCGCGCGGUCCCUGAAAGAGCUGAGGAACUGCACCGGGGAUGACACGGGCAGCCUCCUGGGCGUUUUUAGUGACAAUCACAUGGCCUAUCACCUGGCCGCCAGCAAGGAGCAGCCGCGACUCUGUGAAAUGGCUGCGGCGGCCAUCGAGAAGCUGGAGCAAAAGUCCCAGGAGGAUGGCAAUGGCAGUGGCUACUUUGUGUUCAUCGAGGGCGGGCGGAUCGAUCAUGGACACCAUGAGACGCGAGUGGGUUACGCCCUGGACGAGAUGCUCGAGUUCGAUGCGGCCGUGGAGGCGGUGGUCAGGAUGACCGAUCCGCGGGAAACCCUGCUGGUGGUCACCGCCGAUCAUUCGCACACGCUCAGCAUGGCGGGGUAUGCCAAGAGGGGAACUCCGAUCCUGGGCAUGGAUGCCCAGCAGCGGGAUCUGAAUGGAGUGCCGUACAGCACCUUGAACUAUGCCAUCGGCAAGUGGCAGAGCCUGGACAAGGAGGGCAGGAGGGAGAGUCCCAGCAAGACGCUGAGUCCAACCUCUUAUACACCCAGCUAUAUUCAUGGACGUAAGGGUGUGCAUUCUGGAGAGGAUGUGGCCGUUUUUGCAAUGGGACCCCAGUCGCAUCUCUUUGGUGGCGUCAUGGAGCAGAAUCUACUGCCUCAUCUGAUGGGCUAUGCCGCCUGCCUGGGUAGUGGAACGACCAUCUGCAACCAGGACAAGGAGCAGGAUAAAGACAAGGAUCAGGAGACAGAGGCAGAUCCAGAUUCUUCUUAAUUUCCCAGAGAUGUGUAAAUUUUUGUUUUUAGUUAUUUCCAAUAUAUACCUAAUGUUU